AUGUCGACACCCGCUCGCCAGCUCCUAAAGCUGCUAUCGACGUCUUUGACAACCUUCGAGAAGGUUUGCGCAGAGAAGCAGUUCGAGAUCCCUGACUUGAAUGCCCCGUUCCACCCCGCGAGCGAGGUGUUCCGAAGUGACCCCGUCGCUGGUGAAGCAGCGAACGUCCUAGGUGCUGCCGCUCUUCAGCUGGCGGCCAUAUUCGUUCCGCCGCAGAUUUCUCUGUACCACAUGGUUGGCGGAUUCUUCAGAUCUACCGCUCUCCGAGUUUGUCUCGAGUCGGGUGUGACUGAGAUCCUUCGCGAAGGUGGACCGAAUGGCGUCCACAUUAAUGACAUCGGGGCGAAGAAUGGCCAGGACCCACAAAAGAUCGGACGUUUCCUUCGCAUCCUUUCGAACCACCACGUGUACCGGGAGGUCAAACCAAAUGUAUUUGCAAACACACGUAUUUCGAGCAUGCUCGAUACGCUCAAGCCGAGCGCGGAGAUUCUCGCUCAUCCCGAGAAGAAGGACGAGAACACGCAUGGCCUUCCUGCUUUAGCCGCCCACCACCUCGAUGAAACCUUUAAAGCCGCUGCCUACUCCUGGGAGACGGUCUCUGACCCGCGAACCACAGACUCGCCGACAGACACGCCAUUCUCACGCUAUACUGGAAGAAAAGAGACGUUAUGGGAAUACUAUCAGCGCCCAGAGAAUCUAAGUAAGUAUAAACGAUUCAACAUCGGCAUGCAGGGUGUACAGGCGCUCCAGCCUGAGAAUGCGAGCUUGGACGCCUUCGACUGGGAGAACCUUGCUCCAGGUUCUGUCGUCGUUGAUGUUGGUGGAGGUGUCGGGGCUGCCUCGCUUCCUAUUUCCCGCAAGUAUCCUGAACUUCAUAUUGUACUUCAAGACCUUCCUCCCGUUAUCGAGGACGCUAAGAAGGUGUGGUCUGAGGAGCUUCCGAACGCCUUGACAUCCGGUCGCGCCACUCUGGAGGCCCACGACUUCUUUACACCCCAGCCCCACAAAGGCGCCAACGUGUUUAUCCUCAAGCAAAUCCUGCACGACUGGGCUGACCCAUCUUGUGUUAAGAUCCUGACACAGCUCCGAGAGGCAGCCUCUCCGAAGACUACACUCGUGCUUAUGGAGACUUUAAUGCCAUUUUCUUGCCAUGACCCUGGUGCUGAUCUUGGCCGCGAGGUACCAGGGGCCGUCCCCAAGGAGGCACCUGCACCCUUGCUCGCAAAUUACGGCGCAGUGAAUGACAUGGGACACAACGCCGAUAUAACUAUGUUUCUAAUUCUGAACGCUCAGGAACGUACUGUUGUAGAGAUGGACAACCUCCUUCGUCGCACGGGUUGGAAGAUGACCGUUGUGCAUCGUCAGGAGGGCGGCGAUAGCACUUUCUUACAAUCUAUUGAGGCUGUACCAGUUUAA